AAAAAAAAAAAACACAAAUUCCAUUAUAAUUUAUACACCCAAAAAUAAAUAACACGUAUUUAUAUAGCAAUUGGUAAACAUGCAGGCGCAUCAUGCCAUGCCUGACUUUCGUUGCCGCAACAACUGUCAGCACAAGGAAUGCCAGCGACAUGCGCCGCUUGGCGUCAUCGAUCAGCAUACGCAGUGCAAGUGCCUGGGCGAGGUGAACGCGUCGUCCAUAUUUCUGGAGAACGUGCUGGACUUGGCCAACUCGUUGGCACAGAUUAUGAUCAUAUGCGGACUGCACGAGUGCAAGGCCAAGUCGACAGUGGACAUUAUCACAUAUGCAUUUCUGCACUACGAUCAGGUCUGCUACUGCAUCGAUACGGAGCCCAAGAAGCGACUGCGCAAGGAGGAUUUGUUCCAUGAGCUGGGCAAAAAGUCGCUGAUGAACAAAGUGGAGGCGCACUUGGCCUACAGCAUUAUCAAGCGCGGCUUCAAGGCUUUCUACUAUGAGCCCAAGCAGGAGCUAACCUACGACGAGCAGGGCAGACCCAGCUACAACGACGAGUGCGUGUGGGUGCAUGCGGCGCGCAAGACGGCGGAGAGUUAUGCGCGCUUCGACGGACUUAGCUGUCCGGAGCAGCUGGCGGCGGAGGCAAAGGUUAAGAUUGCUUAUAAGAAGUUCUAUGAUCGCAUGCAGACGCGCAAGCGACAGCCCGAGGGCGAUGACUGCAAUUGUUGCUUCUGUGCCAAGAAGCGCGGCCAUUUGGUCUAUGCCAAGGAGCCGGCGCCCUGCAGCAGCAAACGCAAGCCCAAGCAUGUCUGUCCCUACUGCUGCAAGAAGAAGCAAAAGCAGCAGUAUACGCAUCCAGCACGCCAGCCCGCCAAGUGCCCCAAGUGCCACAAGUCGCGCAAAUUCUGCUGCUGCGCCAAAAUGGACUUCAAUCUGCAAUGGGUCAAGAGCAUUUGGGAGCGACCGGACUUCAAUCAGUACUACAAGAACGAGAUUGCCGAGAUCGAGCAGCGCUUGCUGCAAGGCUCAUGCUGGCUGCCACCAGAGCCUGUUGCCCAAGAGCUUGUUGACGAGUGCGAAGAGGAAGAGGAGGAUGAACUAUCACCAGAGGCGCAACUGGCGUUGGCUGGCAAGACUGCGCCGUCGCCGCCCAAGAAUGAAGAAGAGGAAGCGCCACUGUCAGACGCCAAGGGCGAGGAAGAAUAACCACCCACGUAACGGUUGUAACGGUUAUACUUUGAAGAAAGUAGCGGCAUUGAGUACAGCAACAUACUUGCUGCCAAAAUUUCAAAUGCCUCUUUAGCUAGCAAUUUCGAUUAAAACAAAAUUUUGUAGUGUUUUACUUUUUGUGCGUGGCAAAAUUUAAAUUAAAUUCAUAGCAUUUCAGUCACAAGGCAAUUGUU